ACAAGCUAAAGUGGGAGAAAAAAAGAAGCAUUUUUUCAGUGGUCCACUGCUCUUUCUAAUGGUGUUCUACGUAAAUCGUGUGUCUGAUUUUUCAAGGAUGGUUCCUAGGACAUAUCUAGCUGUGUUGGGCUCGAGAGGAAAGGAACUAGGAUAGAGAGAGAACAGUGAGGUUAUUGAAGGGGGAUUUGGUUUAGGUCAUGACGAUGGGUGAAUGAGUCGUGACAAGCACAUUGAGCUGAAUAGAGAUGUGAAUGAGAGAGAAACGAAGGCUGCUGAGGAGAUGGAUGAUACUGAGCAUGAGCACUUGAUCGUUGAAGAUUCAGAGAAGGUAAAUCUGGGGAUGACACAAAUUCUUAAAGAAGAAAUGGAGAGCACACAUGAGAUGCCAAAGAGCAAUGAGGUGAAUGAAGUGAAUGAGGUGAAUGAAGUGGUGACUCCAGCGAACAUAACUCCUACUGAUCCUCACAACAUCUCAAACAUGAAUGUCACAGCCAUGGAAUUUGGCAGUGUGGGGUCUAUGAGGGGAGAGGAAGUGGAGCAGAAUAAAGAGAUGGAGCAGAAUGAAAAUGUGAUUGGUGCAGAAUGUGAUGGAGCGCGGAAGGAUCAAGAUUUGAACAUUCAAAUCGAGAUGGCGGUUGAAGCGGGAAGAUGUGAAGAUCCUGGGAUGAAAAGGAAAAACUAUGAGGUUGUGCAGGACAAAAGGGCUAGAAGUAAGCCCAAAACAGCUUUGACGUUGAAGUCACCAUACCUAACACAGGUGGUUGAUCCAAGAGAAAAUGUUAACACAUUUGAAAAGAAAAUUUGGAAGUGGGUUGUGAGGAAUAAAGAUGAUGACAUGUUUAUGCUUUAUAUAUGGUUAAAGAAUACAUAAUUUCAUGAAAUUGAAGUCAUCAUUCUUGAUUUUGGUACGUAUAACUUAUGCAGGAAUGACAUUGUGUUCAAUGGGUAUAAAAUUUUGGUUGAGCGUGGAGAUCUGUUGACGUUGGCGGCUGGCCAUCACAUUUCUCCACGGGUACACUACAAGAAAAAAGGGAUACAAAG